UUUAGAUUUUUUGUCACUUUGUUUUUGACAGCGCUAUCUGAGGGUAAAUGCCCGAGUCCGUCUGCAACACUCGGUCUGCUGUCGUGAACCAUCUAUACAUAGGCAAAGAGUUCAUAGGCGUCUGAUGACUUGGUGGUCCGAGUGCUUUGGGGUUAGACAUAUUGCAAUUGGUAUUGAGGUGUGUUCACUGUCGAUGUGACUUGUUGCUGUGAAUUUAGAUUGUGCCUAAUAACAAGAGAGAUCGAAAAUGAAUUUGUCGUGCUUCGAACCAUGGAAAAAGAUCCUUUGAGAGGCAAUGCUACGAUAUCAAUGAGUUAUCCUGCAUCUUACCAAGCUGUUGAUGAUCAGGUUGCAAACGGUGAGCAAUUUCGUACAGUGUCAGUGAGUUCAGAUGAUGAUAUGAUUGACAUCACCACAACAGGAACUGUCACAGAACGCUCAAUUCAUCAAGAUGAAGUUUCAGCAUGGCAUUUUAUGGCUAUUAAGUACUCGGGCCACUCGGGAGGUGGAGUAACAAUUCAAGGAAUGCAAGGCGAAUCUGAUGAAAUCCCUGGCAUUGGCCAAUAUGAUGACUUCCACACCAUUGAUUGGCAACGUGACAUUGCACGUGACAGAAUGCGUCAUCGAUACAUCAUUAAGAAAAAGCAAGAUUCUAUAUGGGAUCUCAUAAAGGGUGCUCAUGAUGCGUGGUCAGGAUGGGUUUGUGUUCUUCUGGUUGGUGUCUCAACAGGUGUUGUGGCUGGAGUUAUUGACAUUGGUGCUAGUUGGAUGUCAGAUUUAAAAUAUGGCAUUUGCCCUCAAGCUUUUUGGCUAAACAGAGAACAGUGUUGUUGGUCAUCAAAUGAAACCACUUUUGAUAAUGGAAACUGUUCACAGUGGUGGACAUGGCCAGAAGUCUUCAAUCAAUCAAGAGAAGGAGUGGGUCCUUACAUCAUUUCGUACCUAUUUUAUAUUGUGUGGGCACUGAUAUUUGCUGCACUUGCUGCAUCACUAGUCAGAAUGUUUGCUCCAUAUGCAUGUGGCUCUGGUAUUCCCGAGAUUAAAACUAUUUUGAGUGGCUUCAUCAUAAGGGGUUAUUUGGGCAAAUGGACCUUGAUUAUUAAAUCUGUGGGUAUAAUGUUGGCUGUGUCAGCUGGCCUCAGCCUUGGAAAAGAAGGCCCAAUGGUGCACAUUGCAUGUUGCAUUGGAAAUAUAUUUUCAUAUUUAUUUCCAAAAUAUGGUCGAAAUGAGGCAAAAAAGAGAGAGAUCUUAUCUGCUGCAGCAGCGGCAGGAGUGUCAGUAGCGUUUGGGGCUCCUAUCGGAGGUGUUCUGUUCAGUUUGGAAGAGGUCAGUUAUUACUUUCCAUUAAAAACAUUGUGGAGAUCUUUCUUCUGUGCUUUAGUGGCUGCAUUUAUUUUGAGAUCAAUAAAUCCAUUUGGAAAUGAACAUUCUGUUCUAUUUUAUGUGGAGUAUAACAAACCUUGGAUAUUCUUUGAAUUGGUUCCUUUCAUCGGUUUGGGAAUUAUUGGAGGCAUCAUUGCAACUCUGUUCAUAAAGGCUAAUUUGUAUUGGUGCCGCUACCGAAAAACUUCAAAACUGGGGCAAUAUCCUGUAACUGAAGUACUUGUAGUUGCUGUUGUCACUGCUGUUAUUGCAUACCCGAAUCCAUAUACAAGAAUGAACACAAGCCAAUUAAUCUACUUAUUGUUCAACCAGUGUGGAAUAUCAAACUCUGAUAAUCUCUGUGACUACAACCGCAACUUCACUAAUGUAAACUCUGCAAUAGAAAUUGCUGCAGCAGGUCCAGGUGUUAUUAAAGCUGUUUGGCUAUUAGUUCUCGCACUGAUCUUCAAACUUGUGGCCACAAUUUUUACUUUUGGCUUCAAGGCACCAUGUGGUUUGUUUAUUCCAAGCUUAUGCCUUGGAGCCAUUAUGGGAAGAAUUGUUGGAAUUGGUGUUGAACAGUUAGCGUAUCAUUAUCCUCAUAUAUGGGUUUUUAGUGGAGAGUGUUCAACUGGAGAUGAUUGCAUUACUCCAGGAUUAUAUGCAAUGGUGGGUGCAGCUGCUGUACUGGGUGGUGUUACUCGCAUGACAGUAUCACUUGUGGUCAUAAUGUUCGAACUGACUGGAGGUGUGCGCUACAUUGUACCUUUGAUGGCAGCUGCUAUGGCCAGCAAAUGGGUAGGAGAUGCCCUGGGUCGGCAGGGUGUGUAUGAUGCUCACAUUGAACUCAAUGGCUAUCCAUUCUUGGACAGUAAAGAAGAAUUUGCACAUACAUCUCUUGCUGCUGAUGUCAUGCAGCCAAAGCGAAAUGAAACGCUCAGUGUACUCACACAAGAUUCAAUGACUGUUGAAGAUGUGGAAAAUAUUUUAAAGGAGACUGAACAUAAUGGCUUUCCUGUGGUUGUAUCACGGGAAUCCCAAUAUUUGGUUGGCUUUGUACUUCGAAGGGAUCUAAAUCUUGCAAUAGCUAAUGCUCGAAGAACAAUGGAUGGCAUCUGUGGUCAGUCGCUAGUGUUGUUUACAAACACUUCACCUUUGCAAACAUCUGGACCACCACCUCUAAAAUUGAAGAAAAUAUUGGAUAUGGCACCUAUUACAAUAACUGACCAAACACCAAUGGAAACAGUUGUGGAUAUGUUCCGUAAACUAGGGUUGCGUCAGACCUUGGUGACACAUAAUGGACGUUUACUUGGUGUCAUCACUAAAAAAGAUGUGCUGAGACAUGUGAAGCAGAUGGAUAAUGAAGAUCCUAAUUCAAUACAAUUCAAUUGAGGUAAAAAGUAAUCAAGACUAACACAACUUCAAGGCGUUAACCCAUGUUGAGAUGUUCUAGUAUUGUUUAGUUCAAAUACAGAAUGAAAGGGUAGAUUGUAAAUGAAUGGAAAGAUGAUUGUGCAGCGAACUCUGCCUGUUUUGUGGUGGGGAUAUAGAUAAUUUUACAUUUAAGUUUAUUCUUGCACUGGAAAUUCUUAACAUUUUAAUUAUUUUUUAUUCAAAAUCCGUAGAAUUUUAAAUUGGUCAUCAUUGUUUUUCUGUUACAUGUUUUAAUAUAAAAUUUUCUCUGGAAGUGUUUAUAUAUAAUUCUAUAUUUAAAAGGAAUAUUUUACCACAAAAUAAAAUGAAUUUGGUUGACUUGUGUGAAAGAUGUAUUGCAGUGCUCAGUGUACAUAUUUAUUUUAAAUUAAGGAAAUAAGGGGCUUGAAUGUUUUAUCCCCAAAAUAUUCAUUACAAAAAUUUGGACUGUUUUCCACAAGUUAUGUUGGGACCUGCUUAUUUCCUGCAUACGCUCUUCCAGCAAUAACAACAUUAUCAGGAAUUAUACCAACAGAUGUAUGUCCUCGCUUGUUAUUUGCUUCCCUAUUUCAAAGUAAUUCUGUUACUUUAUUUAUAAAUUGCCAGUAAACUUAUGUGUUGCUGGGGCAAUGUUAUUCCUGUGACACAUCAGCUUAUGCCAACAUUUGGUGUAUAAAAUUACUUUUAAUAUACCUGAUUUUGUAUGUAUUGUCAGUUGAACUUGCAUGUCUCUUCAAUGGGUAGGCAUGAAAUGAUAAACUUGAAAUUGUAUGUUUCAUCUAUUGAUGUAUUUAAUUGUAUGUUGUAUUAAAAUGAAUCAAGUGUAUGUCCAUGUAUGUUCCAGCUGUAGUAUUUAAUGCUAUUUUUGUUCUAGCUAUUGAAAUUUUAUGUUUCUAGUAAUUUAUAUUGUAAUUUAUCUGUUAUCAGUAGAACAACAUUUUUGUCUGUUGUUUGCAAUUGAUUUUUUAUCUUGUUACAGAAGUGAGGGAUUUUCUUACAUUCUUGAUAGUAGGGGGCUAAUUACUUACUCAGUUGAAGCUAGUCACUUAGUGCUCUUUUUGUGAAAUCUGUCUUGUCUAGAACACUUAACUCCAGUAUAAAAUUACAAUGAGACUUGCCUAUAAAGAUUGCUGUUAGAAAAUACAGACAAUAAAAUUUCAUGUUAUUCUUCAAAAUUACCAUAAAAUAUGAAUUGACCACACUAAGUGUGAACAUAACAUUGCUGGAGUGUAAUCUGUUUUAUAUUAAAAAUUGCAGAUUUCUGUAAGUAGGUGUUUUGAUAGGAAUAUUCAUCUGUGGUUUUUGUUAGUUACUCAUUCAUUCCGUAUGAAAUGUCUAUUAAAUUUUGUGUAUUAAUUAAAAGUACACCACAUUGUAAUUAUUAGGUGUAUGUGUGUAUAUAUAUAUAUAUAUACACAUACAUACAUAUAUAUAUAUUUGAAGUGUUAUUCUUCUCGAGUACUAUGAAAGAUGUACUGUUAAUAAAGUGACACAACUAAGAAAUGUAUCGAAUGGUAUCCUUUGUUUUUAAUAUGCUGCUAAUUGUGAAGUAUGUGUCAGUGGACUAGAAAGUUCUUGCUGCAUUAUAAACAUCAUCUACAAAGAAAGAAUUUUCACUGUCAGAUUUAGCUUUGAGGAGUUCCUAAGUAAUUGAAGGUAAUGGGUCCCUUCAUGAUUAUGUUUAGCUGUCAUUUGUCAUGGAGGAAGUUGUCACUGUUUUUAUGUUUAAUUCAUGCUGUAUGGCAACUUGUUGCUCUAAU